AUGGACACGGAAAAUAUUUGCCACAAAGGAGAAAUCGUUUACGAGACCAACGUACACGUCCACCGCGUGAAUUUCAAAUGGAAGAUAAAAAAUUUCAGCUAUCUGGGCAAAAAAUUGAAAGACAGCGUUGCGACUAAGCCUUUCACAGAUUCAAAACACAGCAACGUACAGUGGGGAUUGCAGCUGUAUCCAAUUGGUUACAACAAAGACACCGAGGGCUGGAUAUCCAUUUUCCUGCAGUCUCACUGCGGAGAUCCGAAAAACGUCACCAUAGCGCAAUUCCAGUUUACUCUCCAGGAUAAAGCUGGCACGGUUGUUAAAACCUCGAAAGUAUUUACGUACGAUUUUUCGGAAGACUACGUGUGCGGCGUCUCCAGGAUAAUCGAGCGCAAGGAGCUCCUGCCGCUGCUCAAGAGCGACGUUCUCGUGAUCACCUGUUGGGUAAGGUGGGCCGGCGAAGUGAGAGGCCACUUCAAGAACCCCGAAAAAUCGGACGGUAGGGGCGACAAAAUCUCGUGCAACUUUGAUCAACUGUACGGGGACCGCACUUACAGCGACGUGACCCUGAAAUCGUACGACGGGGGUGAGUAUUUGGCCCACAAGUGCGUUCUCGCGGUCCGUAGUCCUGUGUUCGACGCCAUGUUCAAGCACGGGAUGAAAGAGAGCCGGGACGGUUGCGUCGAAAUCGACGACAUCGACCGGAUGACUUUGAAAGAUCUUCUGGAGUUUGUUUACUCGAGCAAAUUCGACGCCAACAGCCGGAGGUUGGACAAACUGUUCGUUGCGGCUGACAAGUACGGUUUGGUGGACCUGAAGCGGCUGUGCGAGCUGAAACUCUGCGACAAGGUGAGGGAUGAAAAUGUUUUUGGGUAUUUAUUUUUGGCCGACAAGUACAGCGCCCCGAUGUUGAAAGCCAGGACGUUGUCGUUUAUAGCUGAGCGUCCGGAUGAUCUGUUGAGAGCAGAGAUCGCAAAACAAGUGAGAAACGUUGAAUGCGUUACCGAUUGA